ACAAUGACGAAGAACAGGACAGAAGUGACUGAGUUCAUCCUCCUUGGGCUAACCAAUGCCCCAGAACUUCAGGUCCCCCUCUUUGUCAUAUUCACUCUCAUUUACCUCAUCACCCUGAUUGGGAAUUUGGGGAUGAUGGUAUUGAUCCUGCUGGACUCUCAUCUCCAUACCCCUAUGUACUUUUUCCUUAGUAAUCUAUCUUUGGUCGACAUCUGUUACUCUACAACUGUAACUCCCAAGGUCAUGACUGGGUUCUUUGUAGGAGACAUGGUCAUCUCCUACAAUGCAUGUGCUGCUCAGAUGUUCUUCUUUAUAGUCUUUGCCACUGCAGAAAGUUACCUCUUGGCCUCAAUGGCCUAUGACCGCUAUGCGGCAGUGUGCAAACCCCUGCAUUACACCACCACCAUGACGACAGAAGUGUGUGCAUGUCUGGCCAUAGGCUCCUAUAUCUGUGGUUUCCUGAAUGCCUCCAUCCACACUGGGGACACCUUUAGUCUCUCUUUCUGUGAGUCCAAUGUGGUCCAUCACUUUUUCUGUGAUGUUCCAGCAGUCCUGGAUCUUUCUUGCUCUGACAGAUAUAUUAGUGAGCUGCUUCUUGUUGUUGUGGCAAGCUUUAACAUUAUUUUUGCUCUCCUGGUUAUCUUGAUUUCCUACACAUUCAUAUUUAUCACCAUCCUAAAGAUGCACUCAUCUUUGGGGUAUCAGAAGGCUCUGUCCACCUGUGCCUCCCACCUCACUGCAGUCUCCAUCUCCUAUGGAACUAUUAUCUUCAUGUACUUACAGCCCAGCUCCAAUCGCUCCCUGGACACUGACAAAAUGGUGUCUGUGUUCUAUACUAUGGUCAUCCCCAUGCUGAACCCUGUGGUCUACAGCCUAAGGAACAAGGAUGUCAAGAGUGCAUUCAAGAAGGUUGCUUUAGAGGCAAAAUUGAUUUUCUUGAGGAUUAUGAUUUUAACAUUGUACAAUGUACAGUAA